CGCCCAGGGCCCCGGCGGGGACCCAGGAGUCAGGGCCCAGCUUGGCACAUCGGCAGCGAGGUUCACCCAGACAUGCAGGCCGCAGGCGGCAGCCCCCCGGGAGGCCCGGACGUGUUUGCGGUCCCCGCCGAGAUGAAGGAGUCGUUGCAGGAGCAGCAGCCCAAUGUGGAGCGCAUCUUCAGGGUGCAGUUAAGCAUCCCCAGUGCCCCCUAUCCCGGGAGCCCCCACAUCUGGCUGCAGCUGCAGGGCUCGAAGGAGAACGUGGGCAGAGCCAAGGAGUUCGUGAAGGGGCUGUGCAGCCCGGAGCUGUUGGAGGAGAUUGACUACGCACCGGCCCUGGACUGCGUCUUCCGUGGGGCCCGCGGCCUCUUCCUGGACUGUCUGUGCUGGGCCACCUCCGUCCACCUGGUGCCCAGGGGUCCGGGCACCCUGAUGCUGUGGGGGCUGGCCGAGGCCUUCGCCCUGGCCCAGAGCCGGGUGGAGGAGAUGGAGCGGCGGUUGGAGGCGGGUGGCACCCCGGCGGGAGAGGCCCGGGUGACGGGGGCCUUUCAGGCUCUUCUGGAGAGCUGCGGAGGUGACCACAUCCCGGAGCUGUUGGCCCUCCCCGCUGCCGUCCAACAGGAACUGCUCAGCUUGGUGCAGGAGGCCGGCCGGGGGCAGUGGGGGCCGGGGACCCCCGAGAGCUGGGGGGCUCUGCCCGGUGCCGCGGGCUGGCCUGGGAGUGACAGGGAGGAGGAGGCGGAAAGAGCUGGAAACCCGGGGCCCUGGGAUCGGGGGAGAGAGGGGAGGCAGGAAGAGGAGGAAGAGGGAGAGGAAGAGGGGCGAGAAGGGGGUCCCAGGGAGGACGACCGCCUGGGAGCAAGGCCGAGACCGAGGAGCCGUGCCGAGGUCGAUCAGCGGGCCCAGGACGGGCCGGAGUCCGGCUUCCUCCUGGGAGUCAUCCAGGCCGCGGCCGAGUCCUGCGGGCACCCGGCCGGGGCGGUCCCCUCCGACCUGCAGGGCGAGGACCCCUUCACGUCCCUGCUGCUGCGGCUCAACGGGGAGAGGCCCGACCCCCGGCCUGGGCCCCCCGGGUCCGGGAGCCGCUCCCCGGUGGCCCGGAAGCGCCCGCCCGGGAGCCGGGGCCGAGGGUCUCCGCGGAGGCGAGCGGCGGGAGGUGGCGGCGGUGGCGGCGGCGGCGUGGUGACCGGCAGCCAGAGGUUCCAGGAGGCCCUGCGGGCCCCCUUCUCCCUGAAUCUGGCCAACGUGCCCGGCCUGCCCGGACUGCGUCAUCUCAUCAUCGACGGCAGCAACGUGGCCAUGGUGCACGGCCUUCACCACGUAUUCUCGUGCCGCGGUGUGGCACUGGCCGUCCAGUACUUCUGGGACCGCGGGCACCGGGAGAUCACCGUCUUUGUGCCCCAGUGGCGCCUGAAGAGGGACCCCAGGGUCAAAGAGGGCCACUUUCUGACAAUACUCCAAGACCUCCGCCUCCUCUCCGUCACCCCCUCCCACGUCGUGGACGGCAAGAGGAUCACGCCCUAUGAUGACAGGUUCAUGCUGAGGUUGGCGGAGGAGACGGACGGGGUCAUCGUCACCAACGACCAGCUGCGGGACUUGGCCGAAGAGUCCGGGAAGUGGGUCGCCAUCAUCCGUGAGCGCCUGCUGCCGUUCACCUUUGUGGGAAACAUCUUCAUGGUGCCCGAUGACCCGCUAGGCCGCAACGGCCCUACCCUGGAUGAGUUCCUGAGCAAACCCACCAGGAGUCCAAGUUCCCCCGGAUGCCGGCCCGCAGGCCAAAGGCCUCCCUCUCCCCAGGCCGCCCGGCCCGCCCCGGCGGCCCCGGGCGGGCAGGCCAGAUGUCCGGCCCAGGAGCCGGAGCAGAAGGAAGACGAGGAGGACGAGAAGGGCGAGCAGGACACCGGCCAGGAAGCAGAAGGAGGAGCUCCCAGCUCCCAGCGCGGGCCAGAGGAGACGGAGCGGUUGCGGCACCGGCUGCUGGAGAUCUUUUCCGGGCAGGACCAGAAAGUGGACUUUGUCCUGGAGCGGGAGCCUUGUACACGGGACCUCAACCAGCUCUCUGAGGCCUUCCUCGGCCUACGCUUCUGAGCCGUGCCCGCCGCCGCCCCGGGGCGAGGGCCGCGGGGUGGGCCGGACCGCCCACGUCAGGAUGCCCGGCUUUCCGGCUGGGACCGCCCCAGGCCGGACGCCGCGGGGCCGGAGUCCUCGCUCCGACUCUCUGCGUGGCCUUGCCCGCGUCGCCCGUCUCCUUUGGGCCUCUCCCGCCAGGCGUGGACCGGGAGCGGAGCCGGUCGGCGCCAGGAAGCGGGGCCCGGCCAGAGCCGAGUGGACUGUGGCCGGAGGCCGGAUUGGGGCACGGGCAGUUGCCCCCGUGGGGCAUCCAGCUGGGAACUUUAGGAAAUGCGGGCCGCAGGGAGUCGGGGAAUCGGGCUUGCCCGGGCAUCAUCGCUCUUCCUGGGUUUUCCGAUUCAGGUCUGACCGCGGAUAAUCAGCCUCGCCCCAUCCUUCAGCUUCCCCCAGCUCCUGCCUCGCCGAGGAAGGAAAGGGGAACCAGGGAGUUGUUUGCCGGGAGGAAGGGGAAAAACUGGGAUGAGUCUGUGGCCCGCUGCAAACUUGCCCAAGCCACGGCUCAGUGGAAA